UUCCGGCAACAUUUUCUAAUGUGAUCAACAAUACAGAAGAACAACUUUCUAUCUCUAAUAGAUAUGGAACAACAGGUUGAGAUUUGACUGUAAUCUCUGUCCGGUCUUGGUGGAGUAAUCAAUGCAGAUUGCCAACCUGCCCAGGUGCAGCAUAUACAACAUGACCUCGCCACCGCAACAUCUCGCGCGCUCUCACGCAUUAGUCCUUCUGGAUAACAGCACUUUACUAACAAAUACGAGGUAAUCCUCUUACGGGAUCCGCGGAAGAUCUACAUUGGGUGAUCAGCACAGUCGUUCGAGCUCAUGACGACCGUUCUAGGCACAGUUCCGUAAACGACAAAAGAGAUUUCCCAAUCUGAACCACAGGGAGCCUGCUUGUAUACGCGGCUGUUUAUGGCAAGGGAUUCGGUACAUUAGCCGUUCUAUUCUUUGUUGCCGUCAAGAGCCUGCUUGGUGCUGCGUUGGCGUACUUGCCGGAGCUUUGUGGCCUAACGACGUGCAUCUCAACAUUGCAUACAUGUACGAGAAGUCGAACCUGCAUCUUCCCGUUUUGGUAGGACGAUAGCAAAUCAUUUCUUGAUAGACCCUAAGCGCUGUGUAAUCAUUCUGCGGCUUGCCUAGAGCUGCCUGCGAGGAGUGCAUGGUCAGCAUUGAGUUGGAUCUUUCGGGCAUGAGAGGGCCAUGAUAUCCCAGAAAAGUUCUUGGAACGGAAAAUCAUGAUACGGUCCCAGGGCUUCAAAGCCGCUCCAUCUAAGAAAAGAAACAUGUAUUGUCAAAAAAUCUUUAUCGGGGGUCAGGAAACUACUCGCGCACUAAAACUCAGGAUAUAACAAUUAUCGUCGGCCAACUCAUAGUUGCGGUGAUAACAUAGAAAAAGGCGCAUUUUACGAAGAACAUUCUUCCCCAUACCAUACGAGCUGCACCGAUGCCGGCAUCAGCUAAAGGAAGCGCACUGACUAUGCCCAUCAUCGUGUACUUGCACCGAGUUCGCAACAAUACGGCUGUAGCGGUUGAUCCCGCCGUUCUGGAGUGACGCUGUAUGCACCCUCACUCAGCAGGUACGACAUUAACCGAUGGUUAAAUCCUCACAUCUCCCACCUCGCAAUCAUCCUCAUCGUAUUUCCAAACAGGCGGGCACUCUUCAAUCCUGGAAAAGGGAUAGGUUAUAUUGGAAUCAAUAUAUCUCAUCGCAAUUGCCACUCCACGACAUCCAUAGACCCGGGCAAGCUUCUGCUAUCGUAUCUUCAAUCUACACCGCCAUCGUAUCUGCAUAGAGUGGUGGGAAAUAGGUACGCAGGAUUGUAACCUACUGCGCUGGAUUGGGGAAUUAUGGCUUCUCUUGCGUUUCUUAUCGUGGUCUAGAUUAUCUUAGGUGCUGACGACGCCACGGCGAGCAAAUAUAUGACAGCAUAGGCAGGCAGAAGUCGUGAUAUCAACCUGAUUAGAAAGAAAAUAGAGACAAAAACGUAUAUAAGCUCAGGAUUACUUGAUUGUUGAAUAACACAAUUUUCAAACCGACGCUGCAUAAACUUCGACCUCCCUCUCGCUUUUCAAGAUGUGGUCUCGUGUACUGUCUGCUGGUGCAGUGCUCGCAACGAUUGCGAGUGUAGCGAACGCAUUUCCCUUCGAAGGCUUCCUGCAAAAGCGUCAAAGCACCAACUCGAUCCAAAACUGGGCCAACGACUUCGCGACUGUGGAUUUUCGCAAUGGGCAGAAUGGUGUCUUUGAGGUGGAGUGGAACAACAGGCCUGGAGGGAACUUUGUCGUAGGAAAGGGAUAUCGACCUGCUCGGGAUAUGCUUUUUAACUACACUGGAGACUUUUUCGUCGACGGCUGGGCCUAUCUCGCACUCUAUGGGUGGACUACCAACCCUUUGGUUGAGUACUACGUGAUCGAAGCCAUGGGCGACCACAACCCCUCCGACAACGCAAGCGCCACGCAAUACGGUACCCUCCAAUCCGACGGCGCAACAUACGAGAUCUGGCAAAAGGAGCGCAUCAACGCACCUUCAAUCAUCGGCGACAAGACAAACUUCCAGCAAUACUGGUCGAUCCGCACGAGCAUGCACCACGGCGGAACCAUCAACACCGGCAACCACUUCCGUGCCUGGGAAGCCGCGGGCUUGAAGCUGGGUACCCAGAACUACAUGGUGAUGGGUAUUGAGGGACAACAGGGCCGUGGAUCGGCAACUAUUACCGUUGGAACGCCUCCAGCGACUCGCAUGCCUGAGACAACUACCUCUACUUAUCGGUCGAUCAGAAGGACUACGACAACGAGGCGGACAACUACGACGUCUUCUACGAGACGGCCGACUACUACUUCAUCCUCACGACCUCCUUCAGUUCCUCGUUCAGGCCCUGCUAAAGAAACGAAUGCAUCGUAG